GGUGUGAUGUGUCCUUUUCCUCCUACUUUAGUGUGAGAGGUUUAUGGAGGAUCCUACCCUUCGAUAAAAUCUGUUUCCAUCCACCUUGAAAGGUGACUAUUAUCUUUGCCAAAAUGACUGAACAGAUGACGGUUAGGGGUACCUUGAAGGGUCACAGUGGAUGGGUCACUCAAAUAGCUACCACGCCACAAUUUCCUGAUAUGAUACUGUCCGCGUCCCGAGACAAAACGAUCAUCAUGUGGAAGCUGACCCGCGACGAGACCAACUAUGGGAUCCCUCAACGCGCGCUGAGGGGACACUCUCACUUCGUGAGUGACGUUGUGAUCUCCUCCGAUGGCCAGUUCGCCCUGUCGGGGUCCUGGGAUGGCACCCUGCGGCUGUGGGACCUGACCACUGGCACCACAACUCGCCGCUUUGUUGGUCAUACCAAAGAUGUCCUGAGCGUGGCUUUCUCUGCAGACAACCGUCAGAUCGUCUCUGGAUCCAGGGACAAGACCAUCAAGCUGUGGAACACCCUUGGUGUCUGUAAAUAUACCAUCCAGGACGAGAGCCACACGGAGUGGGUGUCUUGCGUGCGUUUCUCCCCAAACAGCAGCAACCCCAUCAUUGUGUCCUGUGGCUGGGACAAAAUGGUCAAGGUGUGGAAUCUCGCUAACUGCAAGCUGAAGACAAAUCACAUUGGCCACACUGGCUACCUGAACACUGUCACUGUUUCUCCUGAUGGUUCCCUCUGUGCCUCUGGAGGAAAGGAUGGACAGGCCAUGCUGUGGGAUUUGAACGAAGGGAAGCACCUGUACACGCUGGACGGUGGCGAUACCAUCAACGCUCUCUGCUUCAGCCCCAACCGCUACUGGCUGUGUGCUGCCACUGGUCCCAGCAUCAAAAUCUGGGACCUUGAGGGCAAGAUCAUCGUGGAUGAGCUGAGACAAGAAGUCAUCAGCACAAACAGCAAAGCUGAGCCACCCCAGUGCACCGCUCUUGCCUGGUCUGCCGAUGGACAGACUCUCUUUGCUGGCUACACUGACAACCUCAUCAGAGUGUGGCAGGUUACAAUUGGAACUCGAUAGGAGACCUUUUUUUCUAAUGAAUAAAACUAUUGAAUUAAAAAAAAACAUUUCA